AUGCCUUCCUACCUCCGCAAUCUCUUCGGUGGCUCGUCCUCCAAGUCUUCCCGCUCCAACUCGACUCCCGCACCCAUUUACAUCCCCACCUCUGGCCCGAGCUCUCCCGCCCCGCCCCAGAUGCAGCGCACGCACAGUCACCAGGCGAGCGCCCCUUCCCCGCUUCGUUACACCACCGCCGACGACACCCGCACUCGCUACGGGUACGGCCGCGCCCCGGCCUCUCACCACGGCCACGGCAGCAGCCAGGCGUACGUCGAGUCCCGCCCUCGUCGCGCUAGCUUCAAAACCCCAGACACCCCUCGCUCCGCGCUCUACACGCCUUCGGUCGGCUACACGACCCCUGGGAGCUCGCGGACGAACUCGGCCUCCUCUCUCUACCCCGCCGGCAGCCUCCCGCGCACACCGUCUUCUGAGCACGGCCACGGCUACAGCUCUCGCCCCCCGCUCAGCCACUCCAACCACACAUGGCACCCUUCGGGCACCGUAGGGAGCUCCUCGUCUUACGGCUCCCGCGGCCGCGCCCGCACCUCCUCGCAGUCCUCGCUCAUGCAGCAGACGCGGAGCACGACUCUGCACAUGCACCCGCUCCUUGCGCACACCAAGCUGCACCGCGCCCCGAUCCUCUACGACGUCUCCUUCACCCCCGGCGCGCGCACCGUCCUCGACCACGCCACGCGCUCCGCGAUCCCCUCGCACACGCUCCAGCAGCCCGCGACGGACCCGCCGCUGCCCGCCGGCGCCCGCCUCGUCCUCCACUCGCACAAGUUCCCGUGGGCGGUGAUCGUCACCUCCGCCGCGUCCCGCAACCACUCGCACUCGCCCGAGCCGCGCUCCCGCUCCCGCCCGCGCUUCACGAUCGGCCACCCGCGCGACGCGAGCCGCGACCGCGAGGGCGCCGCGAACAGCAUCUCGAACCUCGACGUGCUCUGCGCGGUGCACGCGACCCUGCUCGAGCCCGUCACGCCCGAGGAGUGGGAGGCGCUCGGCGCGGGGAGCAAGGCGCAGCAGAAGGUCACCGCCGCGUACCAGCGCCGGUGCACGCGCCAGGGCGGCGGCUGGGCGAACGGCGUGCUCCGCAUCGACUGGCUCGGGGAGAAGACGUCGCUGAUCGGCGUCGAGGUCGACAAGGCCGCGGGCCACGGCGGCGCCGGGAAGCUCGUCUUCGGCCGCCCGUGA